AAAAAAUACAAAGACUGAGGAUGUAGCUCAGUGAUAGAGCACUCUGGUUUGGGCUCUAUCUCCAGUACCGCAGUGGGCAGGGAGCUGCUGCUGUGUGUGUGUUUAUCCCUUUAAAAGCUGCUGAGGGAGGGGUUCUAGAACUUCUGAAGGUCUCACAAAGCCCCAGUCUCCCUCCCCCUACCCCUUCGGACUCUGAAUCUUAGAAGCUCUGGGGAGCUGGCAGCCUGCCUAGCAUGGGAGUGAAGCGGACCCUUCAGGGCUGGGGCACUUUGCUCAGCUUCCUGGCCAAUGUCUUCACGAUCCUGUCCACGGUAACCAGCUACUGGAUCCGCCAUGCGAAGGGCCACGGUGGCCUGUGGCAAGAGUGCACCCAGGGCCUGUGCUCCAGCACCCCCUGCCAGCCCACGAUCUUGAUGGCCGGGUUGUGCAUGGUGCUGUCGGGGAGCUUCGGUGUGGUGGCCACGGUGAUGGGGUUGCGGCUUCUAUGUCGGGCGGAGGAGUCUCUGCGGGGCCAGCUUACAAGCGUCUUGCUCUUUGUCAGCGGUGAGCAGGCGGAGGGGCUGCUGCUGCUGAUGGCGCUGAUCAGCUACACAGUGGGGAGCUCGAGCAAGGACGACGCCUUCUUCUCCUGGUCCUAUUUUAUAGGGUGGCUGGCUUUACCCUUCUCUGUUCUCGCGGGCGGCUGCUUCCUGCUGGCGGACUUGAUCCUGCAGAGCUCGGUGGCCAUCAGCAGCUUCCCCGUGUGCCUCUGAGCGCAAUAAAGGCUCGGCUCGGA